UUUUCGACAAUUGUCAAAAACAACUGUUUUCCGUCUGAUGUUUUGCGAAGGCCGCUACGACUUGGUCAAUUAUCUAGAAGCUUGCACAUCUUUCCAGUAAGAAUUGACAACAGGAAUGUAACAGAACUUUCUAUGCUGUUUAAAUUUGUUAUAAACUUUUAUCAGUAGCCAGUCUUCGAUGCGAGAUGGAUGACACCGAUAUUGAAGUCUGCUCGUCGAUCGUGGAUCACCGCAACCAGGAAAAUACAAACUCACAACCGUACGAAAAGGAUCAGAUAAAAUCGAAAACUAUUGUACGUUUUCUGAACGUGCAAAGUACAGCCCCAUUCGCAAGGUUGAAAUGUAACACCGACUUGAAUCUUCCCCCAUCGAACUGGCUGAGCAAUUCGGCCAAUUCGUACGGUUUGGGGCAGUUCUUAUCCCAUCAGGGCGGGUUCAAUAGCUUCCGGAUGGCGAACAUGUUUCCUGAUUGCGUUGGUGGAGUAGAUGUAGUGUCGGACGCCGAGAACAUUAAAAGAUUACUUAAAUUGCCGUAUUCGAGAAAGAGUGCUAUCUCGAUGAUUGUUCACCGGAUCGAGAAUACGUUACUGAUAGACGAGUUCGAUGUUGCCAAGUAUUUGAUGCGUCACGAAGAGAGCGAGUGGCGUUGGUUAAGAUCUUUCAUCUAUGAAAAUAUUUUGAACAGUUUAAGUGAUAACGAGAAAAAACUAUUCAUCCACACCAAAUCCAGAGAGGCAUUGGCACAAAAGUAUUUGACCUCGAAGUUUUUAUAUUAUAGUUUAAAGGCGGAGGAGGAACUGGGCGGGAACAGUUCGGAAUUGCUCGAAGAUGACGAUUGUCAGCAAUAUAAACCUCUCCCGUUGGCUGGACCAGUAUUGCCUGAGCCGGAUGAGGAAGAAAACUGCCCAGAUCCUCGUCAGACUAAACAUAUUUUUAAUCGGAAUGUGGUGUGGACAUUCGAGGACAUCCGGAUGUUGAUCGGUACCGAUAUGCCGAUUUUUGGCGGCGCAAACCGUCCCUGUAUUAGCCUCCGUCUGAGAGAUGAAUCGAAACCUAUCAACGUGCUGACUGGAAUCGAUUAUUGGCUAGACAAUUUGAUGUGUAACGUGCCGGAAGUUGUUAUGUGCUACCACCUGGAUGGAAUCGUUCAAAGAUAUGAACUGAUCAAAACAGAAGAUCUUCCAUACCUGGAAAAUUCAAAGUUCUCUCCGAAAGUCAUACGUAACGUAGCCCAGAAUAUCUUGGCAUUUUUGAAGGCGAAUGCAACCAAGGCUGGCCAUACAUACUGGCUGUUUAAGGCGAAAAAUGAUGAAGUAGUCAAAUUAUAUGAUCUGACGACUUUAUGCAAGAAUACUGCUCCAUGUCCACCGGAGACGAGCACAGAGGGCGUUGAAGAUGAUGAUCAAAAUAAUCCGUUCACUAUUCCGGUGGCGAUGCUGCUGUACACCGUGGCUCGGAACAUGAAAAAUUCUCCGGAGGGAAUUUCCGCCACCAAGGCCGGCGCAAUCAAAACCCUGCUGGAUAAUUGCAUUAAACUGUUGCCAAAGGAGAGAUAUCCACAGAUAGUGACGUCGUCUCAUUAUAUACUGUCUGAUCUAUAUAUUCCGGCGGAAAUUGAUCCGGGUUCCCCAAAGUUUAACACAACGAUUGAUGAUGAGGAAGAUGAAUCUCAAACACCAUUCGGUCAACAAACGCCCAGUGCUUCCUCCCAACCGGAUCAAUACUCAGAUGAUGAACACAUUAGUGACCGUUUGGAGACAGCGAUCAAAACUAUUGAGGAAACACUGCAGGAAUACAAUGGCAGUGAUUGUUGGAGGUACAAUUCGAGACCUCCUCCUCUGAUUGGAGGAAUAGAAGAGCGCUGUGAAUCGGCACUGUACCACAUAGCGGAUGGUUUGAACUGCUUGCAAUAUUUUGAUAGCAGCGAAGAACAGAAAAAUCGCGAAAAAGAAAAGGAGGAGGAAAAGAGAAAGAUUUACCAUGAAGAAACUCACCCCAAUUUGGCGAAAUCGGAUGAUCCAAUCCCCUUACCGUACAGUCCAUUGAAUCCAGAACCCAGGUCGGCGAAUCCAAACGAAGCAAUUCCGAUGGCCUGGAAGGCAGAUUCUAGAGGCUGUCAAGAAAACGAAUCGAGCAGGAAAACGGCGAAGAAAAAAUCAAAACGCAAGGUGGAAAAAAAAACUAUAAUCGCUGACGGAAGUUCCAAUGAGAUUGACGCUAGAUCACUCUUGCUGAAGGGUGAGAUAGGAGUCAUAAAGUCAUGGAACGUACAUUUGAAGGUGCUUCUGUUUGAAAAAGCAUGUCUCACCUAUGCCACUCUCGCGGAAAGGUUUUACGCCCAGGAACGAUACGGAACAUCGUUGCGCUGCAUUUAUUAUGCCAUCCGAUGUCAGCAAGUUGUCACGAAGCACAUUUCCUGCGUUUCUUCGCAGCGCAGUCUUUUGCUUGGACGAAUAGGCGACUGCUUCUUCCAGAUCGCCAAGAAGUGGGAAAACAUUCAACAGUAUUUGGCAGAGUUUGAAGAGGAAAGUCGGGUAGAUCAACUCAUCAUGGGAGAGCUAGUGAAGGAUAUUGGAAGCGACGUAGAACAAUCCCUACCACUACCAACGGACAACGUUGAACAGCUGAUGAUUACCAGUUGUGGCUGCUAUGAAGCCGCAAUUGCAUGUGCCUCAAGCGAUGCCAAAAGCGAACUGAACAGACGGUUGGGCAGCGUUCGCAAUGAACUUGGGGUUAAAUAUAUGCACUGGGCCCAGGAAGAAUACCAAAACUUCUGGGAGCUGCCAGAGGCUGAGAGGGAAGUGUUUGAGAAAGCGGCCAGGAGUCAGCAGGAGUGUAAAAUUGAACCGUUAUAUCAAGUGCUUGCAAAGAAAUCCUACGAUUCGCUACAGAAAGGAGUUGGCUUGUUCGAGGCGGUUGACGAUUCGGCCAAUCUAGCGUUUUUGCUUUGCAAUAUGGGCCGAUUUAUGCGCUUCCGGGCGCAUAUACAUUUAAUUGGAGAUUGUCCUAACAACGUCCAACUACAAAAGAAAUUUUACCACGAGGCAUUUGCACACUAUCAGCGAGCAUUAGGAAUAUUAGGCUCGAAAAAGGAAAACCCCGACCUUUGGUCAUUGGUAACCUGGGAACUUUCAACCGCAACGUUCAAUCUGGCCAAGCAAUUGCAGGAUUACAGUGCAAUUAGCCACAAAGAUGGAUCGCAAAACCCGGAGGAGGUCGAGCAGGAAGUGGUCGAGAUGCUCCAGAAGGCGCUGAAAAUCUGCGAUCAAGAAGCGAGCGGCCCAAAGCAGGUGUUAUACUCAUUCAGAGCAGCGUUGAUUCACCAUAGGAUCGCCUCGUACUACCACUUCUCAUUCCGUUCAGUCAUCGAGGAAUCGCGUCGCAAAAACAUCCUUCAGCUGUGCAAACUACACUACGAGAAGGCGGUAAAGAUCUUCGAGAAUCUUGGUGAGCCACAGGAAUACCUCCAGAUACAAAUGGAGCGUAUUGCACUGCAGGAAUACCAGUGUGAGUUAGCCCAAACUAUUCCGAACAAACUGCGGCAUCUGCAGGGUGCGCUAGCUUUGUGCAAACAAAGUCGGGCUAUGAUCGAGUACCUCACCAUGACAAAAUCUCUCGCCACCAGCGCCACGAAUAACAACUUCAAUUGCGAGGAGAUCCAUAAAUUGCUGGAACUUUUCGAAAAACGUCUCCAGGUGAUACUGAAAACCUUGGCCAAGCUUUGCUUGAUAUCUGCAGGUACCGGCCAGAAAAAAGCAGAAUCCGAUCGGAUGGCUUCAAACUAUAAAACUUUGUUUGGGGCAACGCUUCAAAAGCGACCAGCAAGCACAGCCGAAGACGUUACGAACGGCAACAACGUAAUCAAGGAGUACGCCUUACACUUAGUGAAUAUGAUGCAGAAAAUUUGUGAUUUAGAUAAGAUCGAAGCUUAGAGCCUGUUUUAAAUGGGAUAGCUAAUUUUCGUUCAUUUUCAGCUUUUAAUGGGUUAGACAUAAACGCAAACGUAGAGCUUGUGUACAAACAACUUACUGUAACGUACUCUCGAACAUUCUAAGAAUAAACGAUGUUUCGGCGUCUUGUUAAUGCGUCAGUUUGAAUUUGUCAAUUUAAGAUCCCCGCGUAAACGCGCAAAAUAUUAUCCCAAGGCACAUACAGCAAAACAAACAAGAUAAAACGAUGCCGUUGCAGACAGUGACCUGAAUCCAACAUGUUUUCCUCAUGUUUUAUUUGUGUUUUCAAAACCGUUCUGAUUGGCCGGCUAGUAAUUACGCGAUAAAAUUAGAAUGUCGUCAUUGGCAUUUAUGAAUGAGCAAGGUCGCGUCGCGUGUCCCAUUCAGGGUGAUUCAACAUUUAUCGUGUAGCCGAGGAUAUUUAUUAUUAGUACUGACUGAUUAGGUUUCUAGGAAACAUACUUCU